UGCUUCUGCCACGUUUACAUUAGCCAAUUUCCAACGCUCAGUACUAGGUAGCAGCUACUAAGCUCUAAACCUUUGACGACAACCUAAAACAGAGAAGAAAAAAAAAAUUCUUGCUUCAGAACCAGAGGCAGCAAUGGCUGAUCGAUUCUUUCCCAACGUAAUGCCAAAAUUUGUAUCAGAAGAUAUACAAGAAGAAGAUAAAGUAACAGAUGAGGAUUCUCUCAUGAAGCUUCUCUCAAUGCCCUACACUUCACUUUCCAAGCAGGUUCAACGUUCUGGUUUGGAUCUUAAAGAAACAAUAGUGAUGGAGACAUGGGGGUUAGGUGGGCAAGCUGCGCAUGAUUUUACUCUUUACAGUGGAAAUCUUGGCACUGCUUUGUUGCUUUAUAAGAGCUAUCAAGUUACUAGUAAUGAAAAUGAUCUCUUUCUCUGUUUGGAGAUUGUUAAGGCUUGUGAUUCUGCUUCUCGGGCUUCAAGGGAUGUGACAUUUAUAUGUGGGCGAGCUGGUGUUUGUGCCCUUGGGGCUGUAGCAGCAAAGCAUGCUAAUGAUGAAGCGUUACAGAGUUACUAUCUGAGUCAAUUAGGAGAGAUUAAGCUGUUGAGAAAUCACCCUGAUGAGUUGUUAUAUGGAAGAAGUGGAUUCUUAUGGGCUUGUUUGUUCCUAAAUAAACACAUGGGGCAGGGGACUGUCCCUGAUACGAUCAUUGAUGCAACCAUAUUAUUCAAUAGUUUCACCCACAUUUAACUAGUGUUUUGCCUA